AUGUUCAAAAAGAUGAGUGAAUUUGGUCCAGAUUCCGGGGGAAGAGUUAAGGGAGUGACCAUUGUGAAGCCCAUUGUGUUUGGAAACGUUGCUCGCUACUUUGGCAAGAAGAGAGAAGAGGACGGGCACACGCAUCAGUGGUCUGUCUACGUGAAGCCUUACAGAAAUGAGGAUAUGUCUGCUUAUGUGAAGAAAAUACAAUUCAAGCUACAUGAGAGCUACGGAAACCCACUGAGAGUGGUGACCAAGCCGCCGUAUGAGAUCACAGAGACGGGCUGGGGGGAAUUUGAAAUCGCCAUCAAGAUCUUCUUCAUCGACUCCAAUGAGAGAUCUGUGACUCUGUACCAUCUGUUGAAGUUGUUCCAGACAGACUCCAGCGCCAUGCCGAAGAAGACCGUUGUCUCUGAGUUCUACGAUGAAAUGAUCUUCCAGGAUCCGACAGCCAUGAUGCAGCAGCUGCUGACAACAUCAAGACAGCUGACACUGGGAGCAUACAAGCACGAAACAGAGUUCGCUGACCUGGAGCAAAAGACGAAGGAGAAAAUGGAAGCUGCAAAGAGGAGAACCAGCCAGGAGAUCACAGAGCUAAAAGACAAACUAAAAGCCAGCAGAGAAAACAUCAACCACCUCAAGGUGGAGAUCAGGAAGCUGGAAGAGGACGGAGAGCACAAGGAGCACUGAAGAUGGACAGAGACACACAACGCUGUCACUCGUGACAAAUCUGCUCCAGGCGCACCCUAAAAC